UCAACCGGGGGCUGCGCAUGAACCGACCCUAAUAACCCGCUUCCAUCACUUUUAUUUUUAACUUAAUAGAGUGGAGGCAGAAGUCUCUAACUCUCAAAACCUUCAAGCUCCCGCUCCUAGACGACGAUCAGGGUUUUGGGGUUGAAGAGGAACUGAAAAGACCCAAGAAAGAUGUCAGGGAGGAAAGAAACAGUGUUGGACUUGGCCAAGUUUGUGGACAAAGGUGUCCAAGUCAAGCUCACUGGUGGUAGACAAGUGACAGGGACUCUAAAAGGAUAUGAUCAGUUGUUAAACCUUGUUCUGGAUGAAGCAGUUGAAUUUCUAAGAGAUUCUGAUGAUCCACUGAAGACUACUGACCAAACCAGGCGCCUUGGCCUAAUUGUUUGUAGGGGAACUGCUGUGAUGCUCGUGUCACCAACAGAUGGUACAGAUGAGAUUGCUAACCCCUUUAGCCAGCCAGAUGGGGCCUAAAAUGGAGUAACUUGCUUUGCACUGUUUUUAAGAAACCAUGAUAGUGGUGUUUGUGAUUUCCUAGGCCUUAAAUUUGUCAUGCUCAUUUGAUACUGACGAAUGUAAAACAUUAAGAUGUUUAUUACUUUUUUUUAACUUUAGAUUCUAUGAAAAUAGUUUUCAUGUUAUGGGCCA